UGCGCGUGCGUAGUGCGCGGUUCUUGCUUGUAUCUAAUGGCAGUGGGCGUUUGAUUCCUACAGAGGAUGUCGCAUUUCUCCAGCGAGGACGAGGCGAUGCUGCAGGCCAUGCUGAGGCAGUUGUUCCUGAGCGUGAAGGAGAAAAUCACGGGUGCUCCGUCCCUGGAGUGCGCCGAGGACAUCCUUUUACAUCUGGAGGAAACUGAUGAAAAUUUUCACAACUAUGAAUUUGUGAAAUACCUUAGACAACACAUAUGCAACACUCUGGGGUCAAUGAUUGAGGAAGAAAUGGAAAAAUGCAUAUCCGAUCAGAACCAAGGUGAUGUAUCUGGGUAUGACACAGUUGUACAGCACGUGACCAAGAGGACUCAGGAAUCUCAAGAGUACAAAGAAAUGAUGCAUUCCCUGAAGAACAUUAUGAUGAUAGUGGUGGAGUCAAUGAUGAACAAGUUCGAAGAUGAUGAGAUACGAAGCCAAGAAAGGCAGAGAAAAAUCCCCAAGGAGAAGAACAAUAGUUACUGCACAGACAAUUGCUCUGACAGUGAUUCGUCCUUUAAUCAGAGUUACAAGUUUUGCCCAGGAAAAUUGCAAUUGAUUUUAGACCAGUUGGAUCCUGGGCAACCUAAAGAGGUGAGAUAUGAAGCCUUGCAGACCUUGUGUUCAGCUCCUCCAUCUGAUGUCCUGAAUUGUGAUAAUUGGACAUCUCUCUGUGAAAGACUGAAAGUGGCUCUAUCAGAUCCUGACCCAGUGUUUAGUGACCGUAUUUUAAAAUUCUAUGCACAGACAUUUACUCUUUCACCUUUACAUAUGACCAAGGAGAUUUAUACAAGCUUAGCCAAAUAUUUGGAAAUGUAUUUUCUUUCUAGAGAAAAUCAUAUUCCUAGUCUUUCAGCUGGUGUGGAUAUAACUAAUCCCAAUGUGAUCCGCUUACUUAAAAAGGUUCGUCUUCUAAAUGAAUAUCAGAGAGAGGUUCCAUCUUUCUGGAUACGUCACCCAGAGAAGUAUAUGGAAGAAAUUGUGGAGAGUACUUUGUCUUUGCUAUCAGUUAAACAUGAUCAAAGCCAUCUUAUUUCACAGAAGGUUUUAGAUCCAAUCUACUUUUUUGCAUUGGUUGACACCAAAGCUGUGUGGUUCAAAAAGUGGAUGCAUGCUCAUUAUAGCAGAUCUGCAGUACUGAGGCUCCUUGAAAAGAAAUAUAAGUCUCUGAUAACUACAGCCGUGCAACAGUGUGUUGAGUAUUUGGAAUUGUGUCAGACCAUGAGAACUGAUGAAUUUUUGGAACAUUCAAAGCACUGUGGAAACGGACAGAAAACUUUCUACUACUCAGGACAAGAAUUACAAUAUAUUUAUUUUAUCCACUCACUUUGUCUGUUAGGAAGAUUACUGAUUUAUACACAAGGCAGAAAACUCUUUCCUAUAAAGCUGAAGAAUAGAAAAGAUUCAGUGUCCCUUACAGAUCUUCUGGUACUGUUUAUUCAGCUUAUUUAUUACUCGCCAAGUUACCCAAAGAUAACAUCAGCUUCAGAAUUAGAAGAUUAUUCUUCUGCCAAUAUGGUGACUGAUAUUCUGAAAAUACUCUGCGAUCAAAAAGAGUGUGCUAUUGAAUGCUUAUAUAACAACACCGUGAUUGAGGCACUUCUUCAGCCUAUUCAUAAUUUAAUGAAAGGAACAGAGGUUGCUCCAAAUUGUUCUAAAACAGCUUUAACUCAUAUAGCUGAUAUUUUAGCAAGAAUUGCAUCUGUGGAAGAAGGACUUACUUUACUCCUUUAUGGUGAAAAUACGAACUCUUCUGAAGAAAACAGUCCUACAGGUGCUCACAUAAUUGCCCAGUUUUCAAAAAAACUUCUUGAUGAAGACAUAUCUAUUUUUUCUGGAUCUGAUAUGUUGCCUACGGUUAAAGGUGCUUUCAUUUCUGUGUGUCGUCAUAUAUAUGGAACCUGUGAAGGCCUGCAAGUGUUAAUUCCUUAUGGUUUGCAUGAAUCUAUAGCAAAGGCAUGGAAGAAGACAAGUUUUCUAUCAGAAAGAAUUCCAACUCCAGUGGAAGGUUCUGAUUCUGUUUCUUCAGUAAGUCAAGACUCCCAAAACAGUAUGGUUUGGGAAGAGAAUUUGUUAGAUGAUUUACUGAAUUUUGCUGCCACUCCCAAAGGAUUACUUCUUCUUCAGAGAACAGGUGCCAUCAAUGAAUGUGUGACAUUUAUGUUCAACCAGUAUGCAAAAAAAUUACAGAUCAACAGUCCUGAAAGAUUUGACUAUGGAGUUUUGGUUACACAAGUGGCAUCAACACCAACAGGUGCAGUAGCGCUGCAAAAUUCAGGGUUUAUUAAUGCACUUAUAACUGAAUUAUGGUCCAAUCUGGAAUGUGGAAGAGAUGACAUUAGAUUGACCCAUCCCAGGUCUACUCCAGUGGAUCCUAUUGACCGAAGCUGUCAAAAGUCUUUUUUAGCACUAGUGAACUUGCUAUCCUAUCCUGCUAUGUAUGAAUUGGUUGGCAACAAAGAUCUUCCUAAUAAAGCAGAAUAUUCUCUUCGUGAAAUACCAACAUGUGUUGUUGAUAUUAUUGAUAGAGUGACAAUAUUAAAUUCUGAAGCAAAGAUUCGCUCUCUCUUCAGCUACGAACAGUCACACAUCUUUGGUUUAAGGUUAUUAAAUGUAGUGUGCUGUAAUCUGGACACUCUUCUGUUAUUAGAGGCCCAGUAUCAAGUAUCUGAAAUAUUAUUAAAAGCACAGGAAGAAAAUAUCGUAGAAACUACCGAGAGCCACAGAGAUUUUAUCAUUGAUGGAUUGUCAGUAGAGAGAAAUCAUGUUCUUGUCAGAAUAAGCCUUGUUGGUGGGCCAUUGGAACGGAUUUUGCCUCCAAGAAUGCUGGAGAAGGGAGACAAUCCAUAUCCUUGGCCAAUGUUUUCAUCGUAUCCUUUGCCAAGCUGUUACCAGUCAAAAACAACAAGGAAUGCCAACAUAAAACCAGACGAUGAUGUUGACAAGCUUUUACUAUGCUUCGAAAUGUCUGAUAAGCAAACUGAGUUGUUUGAAAACUGCCGAAGACAAUUCUGCAAAGUGAUGAAGGCCAAACCUGACCUGCUCAGUGGAGAAGUGUUAGUAGAAUUACUUGGAAAAUUUGUGCUUCAUCUCACUGAAAGCCCAUCACAAUGUUACUUCCCCUCCGUGGAAUAUACAGUUGCUGAUGUAAAUGUGAAGAGCAAGAAUCUUUCAUCUGUACAGCAGCUGGGCAUUAAAAUGACUAUCAGGUAUGGCAAGUUCCUCAACCUGUUAAAAGAUGGUGCAGAAAAUGAUCUCGCUUGGGUGUUAAAGCACAGUGAGAGAUUCCUGAAACAGCAGCAAGUUCCUGCAAACUCCCCUCUUCAUAUCCUUUUUUUGAGUGGAUUUUGCGUCAUUCUUUAA